CACACAGACAAACAUUCCGAGCUGGAUUACCCCGGUAUGGGUGAGAAUGCAUGUACCGGACGAGCCCGGACUGCGGCACUAUUCGAUACGCCGUUUCGGUCGGGAUAUCGUGCUAGUGCGGCCUAGGAUAUACACGCCGCGGUCGCGGUAUUGUUCGUCCUUCGAACCCGCGUCCAUGACAGUCAUCGUCAUUCAAUGGAAAUAUAAUGGUAGCACCAGCCCGUACCAACCCCCCUCCUUACGACUCUCCCCUUCCCUCCCCCCAAUGUUUCGGUCGACUGUGUUCGGUGUGUUGUGCACAUUGGAGCGGCGACCGUCCGGACAGUCUCGGUGCAUCGCCGACACGACACGGUUACCACUCCCUGGGAGCACUCUCGAACGACCGACCGGCUUCACAUCGGGUGCGGCCUGUAAGCGGAAGUGCUUGACUACUACCUUCCUGCAAGUGCACUUACAAACCGCCUUUAAUCCCUUCGCAACAUGAAACGGCCGUAAAAUCGGACCGUAAAAAGGCAGGAAAUUAACGGCUGCAGGCAACA